GAGGUAUUUUGGGUCCGGAAUUUACUGCCUAGCAGGUGUGGGGGAUCACUCAGCUGCUCCGUUUUCCCCAUAGGCAUUCCUCCACAGUUUUCAAUCACGCGCGAAGGCGAACGGAACUGCGCGUUUGCGAAUUAUUUAAAGGUGUUAAAGCUGAACAAAUAUGCUCGAAAGCACUUUGCCCGUGACGUCGUCGUGGACUUAAAUCCUCUUCGAGUUCCCUUAAAAUAGCCCUGUUUCUGUGUAACCGCUAACAGUUUUGACCAAGUCGGCAAAGUGCUAACUACUCCCCCGGGUAUUCGGAGUCGGAGUUAUUGUAACCGUUGGCAACUGCCACAGCGAAUGCAUUUAAAAUUAUCCGGAUAUAAUUUGCAAUUACAAACCUUGCUAAAAAUAAAACAGAAAGCACGACGAACAUCGUAAUUCAACGUUCAAAAUGCCUGAUGUAAAGUUCUUUGCCGUUCUGCCCACCAAUGCCAGUUCCUCGGAUCGAGUCACACGGCUGUCCAUCAGCGGCAACCUGCUCCAGGAUCCGCAGCAAUUCUCGGUGAACUUUGUCAACAGUCCGGACUGCACGGACAACAUCACAUACCACUUCAAGGUGGUUAUCCCCACACAGACGAUUAUCGAGAACUACAAGCGGAACGGCGAGUGGAGCAGCCUACACCAGGAGAAGUACCUGAACAUCUUCGACGGUACAGGAGCUAGCGAUAAGAAUCCCAAUAAGACAGAGAGCUUUGCCCGCAUUAUAACCGAAAUUGACGAGGCGCUCCAACUUUCAUCCACAGAGUCCUCAUUUUGCCUUGAGUUCGCCUUCGACUACGAAAAUUCCAUGAUGCGGGUGUACCAGGGUAGGGAUACGGGCCACAAUUUCAUAACCGAGUACGAGACCCUCUUCUCCCUGUCCGACAUCCAGGCGGUACAGGUGUGGGGCGAUGUACAGAAGGUCAACCAGUUUGCCCUCAGCUACAACUGAUAGGGAGGAAAUCCCCCAAGAUCCCAUGAUCCCCAAGAAAUCUGGCCGACCUUUGGAUUAACCGUCUGAUAUUCAUACUUUCAGCGGGAAGAGUCUUACCAAAAAUAUUCGCGUAAACAUUGGGGUCUGCCAUCUGCUUUAUAGCGCCACAAAACUGAAGGCUCCUUUGCAAUACCAAACGAAAUACACAUUAAAUUUGUUUGCCAUAAAUUACACAUUAUAUUUAUUUUUGCAAUGGAAUCAUUAUCAUCACCCAAAAAAGGUAUUUUACCAUUGUUUACAGCUUGUACAUACAUAAUAGAUACACAGAUAUUUACAAUGCCUUACAAUUAUCCUUAAAAUAGGAAUCUUUACACAAACGCUCUAGGGACUUAUGCUAAUAAAACUUUUGCGAUUUACUGAUAAAUAGAAUAACACAUAUAAAACCAAAAUAAAUUAAGAAAAUAAAUGAAACGUGAAAACGCGCUUCAAAUUUGUUAUAAA